AUGUUUAGAGGAUUAGGAUAUACUCAAAACGCCUUUCAGAGAACAUUUACUAGAGGAAUAGCCAUGAAAGGAGACGUCCAUUUGUCUGGAAGAAGGGUCAUGAGAAAAAUCAAACUCGGUAAAGCUAGACCAGCUAUUUUUCACCAGUUCGAAACUCUUGUCGAAUUGAGUGAUGGUUCAGUAAUAAAGAGAAGGUCGCAAGCCCCCAAAGACGAGAUAAGGAUGCUUAACGACCAAAGAAAUAGUACCUUGUGGAAUCCUCAUAGGUCUGAUUUGAUAUCGGUGGAUCCAAAUGCUGCAGGUAAAGUUAAUAAGUUUAAACAAAGAUUUGCAUCUUUCGAUGAAGUCUCAUCUGGUGAACAAGACAAGAAUGGUAAGCCAUCUAUAAACGAAAGUUUCCUUGAUUUGUUGGGUCAGAAUGUGCAAGAGGUUGCCAAAGGAGGUAAGUUAUUCGAUAAAAAACAAAAGAAUAAAAAGAAGUAA